AUGGCUGGCGAUACGAAUGGUCCCGCUGAUCCCAGCCAGGGGAACAAAGGCGCCGAUUCAACAACCUUGAACCCCUACGAGAGCCUCCCCGAAAACAUCCCCAAAGAUGACCCUUUUAUGAAGCAAAGUCCCCACUACGGCCGUUAUCACCCACGUGACGAUGAUUUUACCCCCCGCUACGACCAUUGGUAUCAGUCGGAUCCGAGCGCAUUUUCUUACUGGGAGAAUUUCGUCAGAUCUUCCUGGCUCUCGGAAAACUCAUUGAAUAUGCCUGGGUCGCGUGAGGUCUUUGCGGUCGGCAGUGUGGUCAUCAGAGUGGACACCGAGCCCGCCCUUGACGCAGCGGCCGAAAAAUACUCUUAUGUCAACGCAAACGAGUUAAGUGCGGCGAGAAAGGCGGAAGAUGCGCUAAGGGAGAUCAAUGUUGCCGUACCAGUCAUAUAUUUCUACGGUACCAUUGACGGCAAGAACGUGUCCGUGGAAUCCCGAAUACCGGGUGUUUCGCUGGAGGUUGCGUGGAGACAUCUGAGCGACGAGCAAAUUAACAUGUUCAAACAGCAAUGUCGCCGCAUUCUGGAACGCCUACGAGACAUUGGUUCCCCGCCUGAGAGCCCUUCUUACGUCUGCAGCGGGCUGAACUCGCAACUACCGCCCGAGAUUCGGGAUACAGAGAAAGAAAUAUUGUUCAAGGACAAAGGCGAAGGCGAGAGUUUGGACCUGGUGCAUAACAACAUGACGCUUUCAAAUGUUAUUGUGAGCGACGAUCAGGUCGUGGGGAUCCUCGGCUGGCGACACUGCGGUUUCUUUGGCUUCGGAAGGGCGAACAAAAUCCAUCGACAAUUCAGGGUCUCGGAAAGUCUCGGUGGGGGAGUUGGCCGCUUAUCUGGGAACGUACAAACCUGGCUCAGCCUUUACGAAAAUAUGCCCGGGGCUGGCGAAGGUUCUAGAGCCGCGGGGAAUCGAAACACACCCGGACCUCCGGUCAAAACGGAACCUUCAGCAAUGGUCCUUGACAAGGUCCCUUUGGAUGAAGAUGUCGAGGAGCGGUCGACUCUCGGCCAGCUUGACGGCACGGACUUGCCCGGGGAGCAUCCGACCCCUAAAAAGAUCGCCAAUCUCAAACAAGGGGGAACGUCCAGAGCGUCUUCGUCAUCCGAGCGAUCAUCGCCGGCAAAUUCUACCAAACAAGCGACCGGUAGAAAGUCGGCCACUGGCGCCACCAAGAAGGGGGUUGGAAGGAAGCCGCCAGCCAAGAAACGUAAACUCAAUGACAUAGACAACGAGAGUGUCGAUGGCGGCCGGUCCAACACGCCUUCGUCAGCUCGUGGUAGCAAAACCCCGGCUGCAAAGAAACGUGGCUCUGCCUCCGUCGCUGGAUCUCCAGCCCCCGAGACCAAAAAGAAGGGCAGGAAGAAGCCAGCAGUGCAACAGGAAGAGGAAGACGAUGAUUCGGUGGAUGAGAACGAGCUGUUCUGCAUUUGCCGCAAACCUGAUAACCAUACCUGGAUGAUUGCCUGUGACGGCGAGUGUGAUGAUUGGUUUCAUGGAAAGUGCGUGAACAUUGACCCGAGAGAUGCCGACUUGAUUGAAAAGUAUAUAUGUCCCAAUUGCAAGGAGAAGGGUCUAGGAUGGACCACGUGGAAGCCAAUGUGCCGAUUGCCCAACUGUCGAAAACCUGCCCGCAUAUACACGAACAAUCCCAGCAAAUACUGCACCGAUGAACAUGGCCGUGAAUUCAUGCUUACAAGAACAAAACCACUCGGUGUGUCAUUGAGUAAAGGGCCACAAAAGUCCCUCACGAAUGGACGGAACACAACCAAUGGAUCAAGUCGCUUGCGAGAUAGCCAGGACGCCGAGCCCCAGACCAAUGGAGUCCCUGUCGGAAACGGAACCACGACCAUCCAUGGCCAGAGAAAUGGGAUUCCAGAAGAACUUGGCAGCAGAGGCGGCAUCCUUACCGCUGGCGAACUUAAGGCACUUGUAACGGGUGUUUCCUCCGCGAGCGAAUUCCGCAAACUCGGCGAACGCAUCAUAACCCCUCCACCGGAAGAAGAGGAAGAGAAGGAAGGGAAGGAAGGGAAGGAAGGAAACCCGGAGGGCGAGACGAAGCCCAAGAAGAAGCUCGGAUUGGAUGUGGACCCAGAUCCCAAGCGCCUUACUUAUUCUCCCGAUGAGGCCGCGAAAAUCGAGGAGUUGCGCAAGUGGCGUGACGAGCUGCACCAUCGCAAGGACAUGCUCAAUGCUCGUAACACAUUCCUGACACUUGUCCGCCAACGAUCCAAGAGCAUCAUCGAAAAACUGAAGCAGACAGACCCUAAGGGUGGAUGGAAGGACAUAUGCGGGUUUGAUACUCGCCUCGCGUGGUCGGACGAGGAGUUUGACGAAUGGAGACUUUCCGAACCCGGGGCGAAAGCGCUUCAAGACGGCACGCCUGAAUUGUUGGCAUCAAGCCAUCCUGAUGCCACCGAUGCCGACGGUGAUGCGAAAAUGGACACCGAUGAAACCGACAUGGCCAACACUACGCGAGGAGUCUGUUUGAAAAAGCGCUGCGAACGGCAUAAGCAAUGGGUCAAGAUCCAGCAGCAGGAACUUCUUUUCGAGGAAAAUACUCUGACCCAGGAUCUCGCCAGAUGCGAAAAAGAGGCUCAAAACGUUGUGGAAAGAGCAGUUCUGAGGAUGUGGGCCGAGACAGAUAAUGCCCAAAUUGGUGGUCAAUGA